AGUGGGCUCAGGUUCCUCCACUGCUGUAAUUUCCUAUCUGCCUAUUCAGACAUCGCCAACUGCUUGGUGUGUGUGCGUGUGUACAGGAGCAGAACCGUAGACCGAGAGAGGGAGAGAGAGAAAGGCAGGAGGAGCAGUCGAGGAAGGGGCCGGCUCUGUAUUCUCUCACCUACCCCACGUCAAACCACAGAAGGGAGGAGCCAAGCCAAGCUGCCAAUCAACCUCACUCGUGGCAGCCGGCAUUAUCUCUGCAACAAACUAUUGACAGAUUACAUGUCAAGGCGUUUAGUACAUGAUUGAGAGCAAAAAAGGCGUUUAUUGUCAACUUCUUUUAGUUUUCCUUUUCUCACAGACCAGCUUACAUCUGAUGAUUUUCAAACAGAGUUGAGUAAUAUUAUGAAAGUUACAUGCUUGACAGGAUUUAACUUCGACUACCCUGAAUAUGCUGAGAGGAGUUUAUGCACUGAAAAGACCUCAGGAAAAUCCACAAUGGCCGCCAAAAGGAAAGGUGGCCUAAAACUGAAUGCGAUCUGUGCCAAGCUUAGCAAGCAGGUGGUGUAUGACGGCAGCUCCCAGAAUGCCGAGGGAGACUCAGAUUUAGUGGACAGCAGCGAGCGGGGCAGCUUGCACUACGAUGAGGGCGACAGGCCUGAAAGCGACUUCCCAGAGGGCCUGACCCUGGGCCAGAGCCUUGAGGAGGACCAGAAACGGCGCGAGGCCAUUGAGAAGUGGGUGAACGGCGAGUACGCCGACGAUCCACAGUCCUUAGAUGGGGGCGAGCACAGGGGACUCAAACCCAACAAUGGAGACGAUUGUCCCCCUGAAGGCGUUUAUAUGGUACAGCCCAAAGGCUGCAGCGAUGUAGAAGACAACGCGGAAGAAGCCGACACCAUGCCAGGCUCCCACGAGGGCAGUUAUCAUGAGGACAAGGACUCGGAGGGCAGCCCGCACAAGGACGACAGCUACCAGCCCACCACUGAAGCCCCCCCUCGCCAAGCCCCCUUCUCCUCACCAGUAGAAGCUGCUAAAAUGAUGCAUGGCAAAGCCACGGCUAGGACUAGAAGUCUCAGACAGCAGAACGGCAAUUCCUAUAAGCGACCCUCCAAGUAUGACUUGGAGAAUGUCAAGUUCCUGCACCUCUUUAAACCCGGUGAGGGCAACCCUGACAUGGGCGGCGCCAUCGCUUUUAAGACCGGCAAGGUCGGCAGGCCGUCAAAGUACGAUAUACGAAACAUCCAGAAGCUCAUUCCUGGGAAGGCCAUGCAUCAAAGCGUGCAUAUAUACCUCCCUGAUUCAUUCCCAAACCAAAUCGCUACUCCAUCGAAGAAAAUGUAUAUUGAUAGCCCAAACUUUGAAAUGGCUCAUAAGAACGGCCUUCCUCCUGAGAAACCUGCCACAGAGGACGUCAACGUGUACCAGAAAUAUAUCGCCAGGUUCUCUGGGAGCCAACACUGUGGCCAUGUGCACUGUGCUUACCAGUACAGAGAGCAUUAUCACUGCAUGGACCCUGAAUGUAACUAUCAGAGAUUCACCAGUAAGCAGGAUGUGAUAAGGCAUUAUAACAUGCAUAAGAAGCGGGACAACUCCCUGCAGCAUGGAUUCAUGCGUUUCAGCCCUUUGGAUGACUGCAGUGUGUACUACCACGGCUGCCAUCUCAAUGGCAAGAGUACCCACUACCACUGCAUGCAGGUGGGCUGCAACAAGGUGUACACAAGCACUUCUGAUGUCAUGACUCAUGAGAACUUCCAUAAGAAAAAUGCACAGCUGAUCAACGAUGGCUUCCAGAGGUUCCGGGCCACUGAGGAUUGUGGGACGGUUGGGUGCCAGUUCUACGGGCAGAAGACCACCCACUUCCACUGCAGACGCCCAGGCUGUACCUUCACCUUCAAGAACAAGUGUGACAUCGAGAAGCACAAGAGCUAUCACAUCAAAGACGACGCUUACGCCAAGGACGGCUUCAAGAAGUUUUACAAAUACGAGGAGUGCAAGUACGAAGGCUGCGUCUACAGCAAGGCCACCAACCAUUUCCACUGCAUACGCCAAGGCUGCGGCUUCACCUUUACCUCCACCAGCCAGAUGACCUCACAUAAGCGCAAGCACGAGCGCCGCCACAUUCGCUCUUCGGGCGUGCUGGGCCUCACUUCCUCCUUCCUGUUGCCCAAAGAGGAGCUGGAAGAGUCCAGCAAUGAUGACCUCAUGGACUACUCAGCCAUUAGCAGCAAGAACUCCAGCUUAAGUGCUUCUCCAACAACCCAGCAGUCCUCUACUGUACAGCACAUGCUGUCCACUCCCACCACCACCAUGUCCUCCAGCCACAGCAUCAAGCCCACCACCGCUCUGCCUCCAGCCAGCCGUAUUUCCACCCUACUGUCCCAGGUUCUGCCCAGCAACGUGCCCAUGGCCCUAGCACUUUCCAACAGCGCACUGGCAGGUGUUUCCAACCCCUUCUUUCCCCUCAUUCCCAGAAUGCCCAUGUCGCUCACGCCCUCUACCGCCGGUCUGAUCUCUGCCGCCACCUCCGGAGGUCACUCCAUGCCUAGCGAUUCUCUACCCCUGACCUCCACCCCGACUGGGGACCCAGCCGCUGCUACUGUAGCAUCCACACCGACUUCUUUUGCUGCAUCAUCCAUUAUGGAGAAGAUGUCGGCCAGCAAGGGUCUAAUAUCGCCCAUGAUGGCCCGACUGGCAGCCGCUGCCCUGAAGCCAUCCAGUAACCCGGAUGCAGGGAUGGGCCAGCUGGCUCAGGCAGGCCGGUUUAAUCCGGUCGUGGUGAAGCAGGAGCCGGUGGACGGCACUUCCGCGGCCUCCCAGGAGUUCAUCCAGGAGCACAGCCUGGACCUGAGCAAGAAAGACCACAGCGCUGAAUCAAACGGACACCCUGCGCCGGGAAAUACAUCUCUUUUAUCCUCACUUAUGAAUAAGAUGAAUCCUGGUUUCUUCAGUGCUUUGGAUCUGAAGUCAGAGCUGCAGGGAGCUCAGGCGGCAGACGGCUCAGACGCAGCUCAGUAUCUCAGUAGGUUAAUGAAGAGGUCAAACCCAGAGAAACACAAUGAGCAGUGGAGGACCUACCUGUGCAGGUAUGACACUGACGAUUUCUGUGAAGCCCAGUGUGAUUUCUUGCACAAGAUACAUUUUCAUUGCCUAGUGGAAGAUUGUGGGGCGCUUUUCAGCACGGUGGACGGAGCCAUCAAACACGCCAACUUCCACUUCAGAGCCAGCCUGAAGGUUAAAUCGGAGCCCCCUUUCAACGAGAGCAAGGAAUCCAAUGAUAGCGCCCCUAAUCAAAUGGCUGCCCCCAUUUCCAUGGCCAAGACACCUCCUAUGGAGGUGCCCAGCCUGGCUGUGUCAGGGGGCUACAGCUCUUCCUCUUCUCUCCAAGCCUGGAAGCAGCUGGCCGGAUCGAUCCCCCAACUUCCUGCCUCCAUGCCCAGUAUGCCAGCCACUUCCCCUCUGGCCACCACCUCGCUGGAAAACGCCAGGCCUCAGGUCAAGCCUGGCUUCCUGCAGUUUCAGGAGAAUGAUCCUUGUCUGGCCACAGACUGCAAAUACUCGAAUAAGUUCCACUUCCACUGUCUGUUUGGAAAUUGCAAAUAUGUGUGUAAGACAUCCGGGAAGGCUGAAUCACAUUGCCUGGACCACAUUAACCCCAACAACAACCUGCUGAAUGUGCGAGACCAGUUCUCCUACUAUUCUCUGCAGUGUCUUUGUCCUAACCAGCACUGUGAGUUUCGCAUGAGGGGCCAUUAUCAUUGUCUGAGACCCGGCUGUUUCUUCGUCACCAACAUCACCACCAAACUUCCCUGGCACGUCAAGAAGCACGAGAAAGCUGAAAGACGUGCCAUUAACGGCUUCAAAUACUUCACUAAGAGAGAAGAAUGUGGCAGACUAGGGUGCAAAUACAACCAAGUUAACAGCCACUUCCAUUGUAUCCGUGAGGGCUGUCAGUUCUCCUUCCUGCUCAAGCACCAGAUGACCUCCCAUGCCCGCAAACACAUGAGGAGGAUGCUGGGUAAAAACUUCGACAGAGUUCCUUCCCAGAUGGUCUCUCAUGGCAACCGACCUGAAGAGAUGCAGCACAUGGCCAGUCUAGCUUCGUCCGGUGUGGUAGGCAGCCACUCUAGUUUGACCUCCAACUUCUCCAGCAUGAUGGAGGAGAAUGAUGACUAUAUGGACUACACCGGUGGAGGAAGCCCACUGGGUCUCUCCUCAGAGUCCUCCAACCAAGACCGCAGUUGCACCAGCACCCCCGUGGGCAACGAUAGUUCGCCAGCAGGACCAGGCUGUCAGGUCCCUGCCACCACUACCUCUGCUGACUCUCCUCCUUCUUCUCAAUCUGCACCUCCUCCUCUUCCACCUCCUCAUCAGCCUGCGUUCCAGAGUCAGCCUCCAUCUCUCUCCUCGGCUCUUCUCCGGCCACCACUCCCCUCGCUCCCAUAUCUCCUCUCCACAUCCUGUCUGUCAUACUCUCUGCUCAGCGCCUCUCUCGGAGCCACUAGGAGUGUUGUCAUGCCAACCAACACACCAGCUUUCAGCCCCAUCAUUCCUACUUCGUCUUCGGUUAAAAAUGACGUCCCUAUAGUGCAGGACGCUGCAGGUAACACCAUCUCUAUUCCGACGGCAACUGGGGCCAAGAAACGCUUUUGGAUCAUCGAGGACAUGUCACCCUUCGGCAAGCGCCGCAAGACCGCUUCAUCUCGCAAGAUGCUGGAUGAAGGUAUGAUGCUGGAAGGGUUCCGCCGCUACGACCUCUAUGAGGACUGCAAGGAUACGGCCUGUCAAUUCUCCCUGAAGGUAACCCACUAUCACUGCACGCGGGAGAACUGCGGCUACAAGUUCUGCGGCCGCACUCACAUGUACAAGCACGCCCAGCACCACGACCGCGUGGACAACCUGGUCCUGGAUGAUUUCAAGCGCUUCAAGUCUUCGUUGUGCUGCAACUUCCCCGAUUGUCAGUUCUCCGGCAACAGCACCCACUUCCACUGCCUGCGCUGCGGCUUCCGCUGCACGGACAGCACCAAGGUGACGGCGCACCGCAAGCACCACGGCAAGCAGGAUGUGAUCAGCGCCGCCGGAUUCUGCCAGUUCAGCUCCAGCGUGGACUGUGAGGUGGCUGACUGCAAGUACAAGCUCAAGUGUUCGCAUUUCCACUGCACUUACCCAGAGUGCAAGCACACAGUGGUGGGUAUGUCACAGAUGGAUUCCCACAAGCGCAAGCAUGAGAAGCAAGAGAGGGGAGAGCUGCCUUCUGUCUCCCCCAACCAGGAUGGCAACCACCACCACCAUGCAGGCCUAGCCGUGCCUCCAAUGCCCAUGAAUAGGCCCCCAACCUCACCCGGCACACCGGGGCUGACCCACAACAACAUGGCCAUGUACCUCCCUUUGGCAGGAGCCGUCAGUGAGUACAAGCAUCUGGGCUCAGCAGUCAACCUUGACAGCUCUCUGAACCUGGGGACAGACACCAACAGUUCCUUGUUCUUCCUGAAAAACGCUGCUGGGUUGGGCCUCAGUGACUCCAUGGACCUGAGCAAAAAGAUGCACCGGGAGCCACUGUCCCUGGCCACCAGUUCUGGCCCUGCUGCUUCAAUGGGCCUGAGCCACUCUCAGGAUGACACUACCGGCACAUCCGGCGACCCCGAAGACGACCUGUCGGCUGAGGAAGAGCCGAUAGUCGAGGAGGAUGACGAAGACGAUGACGACGAAGAGGACAUGAAUACAGACUCGUAUGAAGAUUCCAUGCCAGAGCCAGAAGUAGAAAAAGACAAUGGAGAGAGUUUUGAUGCUUCCAUGAACCACGCUGAGACUUCCCAACUGGAUAAAGAGGAGCCGGAGGCUGAGCCCUAAGCUAUGCUGUAGAAGGAGAACUAUGAAUUCCCUGAACAAACGCAAGUUUGAGUGGCCUCAUUUAUCAUGCUUAGAGACGCAGCAGAUGACAAGAAAAUAACCAACUACAAGAAAAGUGAAGGCCCAAAAUGAUUUAUUAUGAUGUUUACAAGAUGACCAACAUUAUUAAUUUAAUUAUGCAUUAAAAAAUGAACAGAGAAAUAGACAGACGAGGCCCUCUUUUACACAUGGGUGGCUAUGUAAACCUUUUCCUACACAUCAGUCUUUUGUGUGUGUGUGCAUGUUUGACUUUAAUUUAUUCGAUUUCAUUUGUUACUUUCUGUGUGUGAAAAAAAAAUAAGGAAAAAACAAUCUCUCUAUAUAUGACUAUCUAUAUAAAGUAGAUGUGUGGUUGUUAAUGUACAUUUUAAUUGCAGUCACUGGAUUGCAGGACCCUCGUACCAACCAGAAACAGACGAAAAGCGUACAUUGCAGGAAAUCUUUUAUAAAGAAUGUUGCUCAAAUAAUUGAUUCAGAAACACCUUGUGUCAUUAUUCUUAUUCUAAUUGUUAUUGAAGUGCAGGGGCCUGCAUCAGUGCUUUGACUUGUAUGCUUCUCCGUUGAUCAGUUGAUUUUUUUUAUUAUUAUUAUUAUUAUUUUUAUUUACAGUUAUCACAGUUCUCACUUAAACCUGCUGUCAUGGUCAGUGGUGUCAUAGGCUCCAUUCCAUGUGGACAUUCGCCUGCAUCUUCAGGACAAACAAACAGUGACUGCAAAGCUUCAGGCCAUAAAGCAUUGAUCUCAGUGAACGCUAGCUCUCACUUGAUUUCUGUUCCUUCUCCUUUUUUCAGUGAGGACCCAUUUGGCAUCGCAUAUUCAUAGUGCACUUUUGUAUAGAUGAGAGCAGAUACGCAAGCCUCUAUUUAAGACGUUUUAUCUUUUACAUUGAUUGCAUUACUAUGGCUUUUUGUUUGUUUGUUUUUGCAUUAUUCUCUAAUUGCACAGGCAUGACCAGACGAUGUGGGGGUGUCUCACUGUAAAUGGGUCUGUUUCAGUGGCGAGAGUCGUCGCCCCCUGUGUUUAGGAGAGUUUGUAAUGUGAUGAUGGUGCUACUGCCCAGUAUGAAUGGGAGGAGAUUACAGCUAUGUCUUUGUUUUGAUCCACAAAUAGAUGUCCUAAAGUGUCCAUCAAAUACAGAGCAGGAGACAAGUGUCUCUGAAUGUUGGGAAAGGAUGUUUGUAGGUGUUAUUUUUCUUUCCUUUUCCCUUCGCAGUUUCUGUAGCAUGGAGAAAAAAAAACAAUAGUUGCAACAAAGUCUGAGGACGAAGACUGGCUUUUUCAAGCUUCUUUUUUCAGAAGCAUCAUAUAUCUAUUUCUAAAAGAAGAGGAAACGUGGAGAGAGACUUUUUUCUAGAGGGCUGAAUGGAGGACAGACAUCACAAAGGCACCACGAUGAAUGUUAAUGCUGGUGAUGGAAAGGGUGUGAUUUUAUGAAUUGUACAGACAGAAAACAAUGUUUCAAGCUUUUGUUUUCUCUUUACAACAGCUGUGGUUUCGCUCCAAUAAUAAGAAGUUAUUUAAUAUUUAUGUGACCUUGCAAUGAGAAAAUUCUAGGGUGUUUUUGCACUUUUUAGGUUCAUUUUUACCUUUUGAAAUUAUGGCAUAUAUCUUUUAACAGGGAAUUUGCUUUACAAUGUUGUUUAGUUCACUUUGCUUUGAUGCACAAAUAGUCUUCAGUGUGACGAAGAACUGUUGUUCUGUGUUUUAUUUAAGAAAAAAAAGGGGGGAAAUUUUUUUUUUUCUUUGCUUACAAGAUUGGAUGAUUUCAAUAUGAAACAGGCAUGCUAGAACCUGGCUUGUCUAAUGAGUAACACUAAUGAUGACUGUAAUUUAAAUGAAUUCUAUACAGAGGAAAUUAUUGCAGUGCUUCGCUCCAAAUUAAAAAAAAAA